GCAGAGGUGGCGGCGACGCUGGCGGCCGCGCUCUGAGGAGAGGCCCGGGCGGCCCGGCGGCUUGCAGGCCGCGAGAGCCGGAGGGGCCCGAGGUGGACGCGGGCGAGUCACACCCGGACCCGGGGAAGGUGGAGGAGGCCCCGCGCGCCUCCCGCCCUCCCGCCGCCGCCCCGCUGGCUCUGCGGCCGCCGCCGCCGCCGCCGCCGCCGCCUCCCGCUCCGGGUCCGGGCCCCGCGGCCCCGGCCGUGGAAGCGGCGCGGCGAUCGCGCCCCGAGCUGCCCGACAUGGCGGGAGGGCACUGCGGCGGCCUGGCCGCGGCGGCGGCGGGCAGCGGGGAGAUCGUGCAGCUGAACGUAGGGGGGACCAGAUUUAGUACCUCAAGGCAAACUCUUAUGUGGAUUCCAGAUUCUUUUUUUUCGAGUUUGCUGAGUGGAAGAAUUUCAACACUUCGAGAUGAAACUGGUGCUAUAUUUAUUGAUAGAGAUCCAGCAGCAUUUGCACCCAUUUUAAAUUUUCUUCGGACAAAAGAACUAGACUUAAGGGGAGUGAGUAUUAAUGUUCUCAGACACGAAGCAGAGUUUUAUGGAAUCACCCCUUUAGUGAGAAGGCUUCUCCUGUGUGAAGAACUGGAGCGGUCCUCGUGUGGCAGCGUCCUUUUUCAUGGCUACCUGCCCCCACCAGGUAUUCCUAGUCGUAAGAUAAACAACGCAGCCAGAUCCUCUGCUGAUUCUAGGAAUGGACUGAAUUCUGCAGAAGGAGAAGCCCGUGGAAAUGGUGCACAGCCUGUUCUCUCUGGAACUGGAGAAGAGACUGUUAGACUGGGAUUUCCUGUGGAUCCACGAAAGGUGCUGAUAGUAGCUGGCCACCACAACUGGAUUGUAGCUGCAUAUGCACAUUUUGCUGUGUGCUACAGAAUCAAAGAAUCUUCAGGAUGGCAACAAGUAUUCACAAGCCCAUACUUGGACUGGACUAUUGAACGAGUGGCUUUGAAUGCAAAAGUGGUUGGAGGUCCUCAUGGAGACAAAGACAAGAUGGUUGCUGUUGCCUCAGAGAGUAGCAUUAUCCUGUGGAGUGUACAAGAUGGCGGGAGUGGAAGUGAAAUUGGAGUGUUCAGCCUUGGCGUUCCCGUGGAUGCCCUCUUCUUUAUUGGCAACCAGUUGGUGGCCACAAGUCAUACCGGGAAAGUGGGAGUGUGGAACGCUGUCACUCAGCACUGGCAGGUUCAGGAUGUUGUUCCUAUAACUAGUUAUGACACUGCUGGGUCAUUCCUUUUGUUGGGAUGUAACAAUGGAUCAAUAUAUUAUAUAGAUAUGCAGAAGUUCCCCUUGCGAAUGAAGGAUAACGAUCUUCUUGUUACUGAACUUUACCAUGAUCCUUCCAAUGAUGCAAUUACUGCUCUGAGUGUUUACCUCACACCCAAAACAAGUGUCAGUGGUAACUGGAUUGAGAUCGCCUAUGGUACGAGCUCUGGAGCAGUACGUGUGAUUGUGCAGCACCCCGAGACAGUGGGCUCAGGUCCUCAGCUUUUCCAGACUUUCACAGUUCACCGAAGUCCUGUUACGAAGAUCAUGCUGUCAGAAAAGCAUCUUGUGUCAGUCUGUGCAGAUAAUAAUCAUGUACGAACAUGGACAGUGACACGAUUCAGAGGCAUGAUCUCUACGCAGCCAGGUUCCACUCCUUUAGCCUCAUUCAAGAUACUGUCUUUGGAGGAGACAGAAAGUCACGGCAGCUACUCCUCUGGAAACGACAUAGGGCCAUUUGGAGAACGAGAUGAUCAACAGGUGUUUAUCCAGAAAGUUGUUCCUAUCACAAACAAACUAUUCGUAAGACUGUCAUCUACUGGGAAAAGAAUUUGUGAGAUUCAAGCUGUCGACUGUACUACAAUAUCCUCCUUUACAGUGAGAGAAUGUGAGGGCUCCAGUAGGAUGGGCUCCAGGCCAAGGCGCUACUUGUUUACAGGCCAUACGAACGGUAGCAUUCAAAUGUGGGACCUGACCACUGCUAUGGAUAUGGUGAACAAAAGUGAAGAGAAGGAUGUAGGAGGUCCGACUGAAGAAGAGCUCCUGAAGUUACUAGACCAGUGUGACUUGAGCACGUCCCGCUGUGCCACUCCUAACAUUAGUCCAGCCACUUCCGUUGUUCAGCAGAGCCGCCUGCGAGAAUCAAAUUCCAGCCUCCAGCUCCAGCACCAUGAAACCAUUCACGAAGCAGCUACUUAUGGCUCUGUGAGGCCUUAUAGAGAGAGUCCUUUGUUAGCCAGAGCCAGAAGGACCGAGAGCUUUCACAGUUACAGGGACUUCCAGACGAUUAAUCUGAACAGAAAUGUGGAAAGAGCUGUCCCUGAAAAUGGUAACUUGGGUCCAAUACAAGCUGAUAUGAAAGGGGCAACAGGAGAAUGUAAUGUAUCUGAGAGAAAGUCUCCUGGAACAGAAAUGAAAAAUCUGAAGGAAUUAGAAAGUGGACCUGAAGUGCAUAAAACAAUGGAAGGUUUUUCAGAGUCCAAGAAAAGAUUAUCCGAAGAUGAUAAUGAAAAUAAAGUGGAACUAAGGAAGAGAGGAGGAUUUGAAGGGGGCGGAUUCCUCGGAAGAAAGAAAGCUCCUCAUCUGGCGUCCUCCCCGAGCACUUCUGAUGGUGGAACGGACUCUCCCGGUACGGCAUCCCCGUCUCCUACAAAGACCACUCCGUCUCCUCGGCAUAAGAAGAGUGAUUCCUCCGGUCAGGAGUACAGCUUGUGAAAACUGACCAACAUGAAUAGGAGUUUUAUUACAUCUAGAAGAAAACUAAACACUUCAUGAAUUUUUUUUUAACACUAAAAUUUUACGAACUAAAAUUGGACUUCAUUUAGUAUCUUUUUAGCAGAAUUACCUGAAAUAAAGAGAUACAACCAUUAUAACCUCUUGACAUUUUGUAAUUUUGGUUGUUUUUUUUUUUUUUAGUUUCACAAGCGUGUCUAAGAGAUCAUGUCUAAAGCAGGAAACACUUUAAUGCAAAGUAAACACUUGAGUGUUUAGCGCCUCACUGUUGAUUUGUCAUCAUAGUUCCAUGUCUUACUGGACAGUGCCCCUGUGAUCAUUAUCCCUGAGAACUGACUCCUAAUCUUCAUAUGCCUGAGAACUGACUAUUGUUCAUCUUCCUAUGCCUGAGCCGUGUCUUGCAAUGCUUUCUUCAGUGAAUCAUGUGAUUCUUCGUGGAACUUAGGCUUCCAACGCUUAUUGUGAUUGCAGUGUAGUUACCAGGAAUUUGAUGAGGUGCUAUGUUUGUGAAAAAAAAUACAUUGUAAUUCAGAAACACUAAUGAUGUUGAAUAACACAUUCCAGUGUGUGUAGUAAGACCUUUAGGAUUAUUUUAUUUUAAUUGUGGGUCGUUUUCUGAAUCUCAUUGUUGGAAGUUCUUAAAUUUUAGCAUGUAUAACCAAUAUUCAAGGCUAAAAGUCUAUAAAAACAUUCUUCUAAGUUGGAGCAACUGUGUUUAAAAGUUGAAGUAAAAUAGUUAUCAAGGCAAAACUUUGAGUCUCCAGAAGGGAAAAAAAAUCUCAGUUACUAACUUAUUUCAUUUGCUUUAGGAGCCACCAUAUUUUUUUUUCACUAUUAGUGAUCAAAAUAUGUAAAUGUGGCCAUUUUGUUAUACUUAUGCACUCUAAUUCUAAAUUUUUUAUUAAAGGUUUAAACUUGUAAAAAAGAUUUUAACUUCUCAGAGAAAGAAAAAAUUUUCAUAUAUCAUUCAUUUAAUUAGAUUGUUUUUCAAGUUUCUGAAAAUAAGGUGAAUGUAAAUUUAAGCCACAUUAAGCAUUUGUUGAUGAAUAAUGUAUAUAUCCCAUUCCAAGAAGUAUAAGUGAGUGAAGCUGAAAUUCUUUAAAGUUUACUAUAUUGUCAAUGGUCUUCAAAAAUUCUCUUGUAUUUAUUUAUCAAUUAAACCAAAUAAAAAUGAUUAAGCAAUGA